GCUCUGCAUGUCAUUAAUUAUUGACAAAGCUAACUGAUAUACUGCAACAUAUAUGUAUGAUUGAAACUCUUAGGUAUAGAGCUAUAGGAUGAACUUGUCACUAGUACUGUGUGUUCUACUACUGACUAUAUGCAACCACUUAAACAAUACUUGCGUGGGAAGUAAUGACAUUGGUAACAUUAGACUGGUGGAACCAAGGCACACCAUAAAUGAUGGUGCAGUACAAAUCUGUAAUCAGUUCACGCACAUUAGCAACGCAUCACUAAUUGCUUGGUGUUACUUAAACAGUACAGAAAGUUGGAACACGACUGCUGCUAGAGUAGCAUGCAGGCAACUGGGACUACAGAAUUCAGCUCCCACAAUACUCAUGAUUACACUACAGCGAUUGGUCCUGAAAAAUAUAGUUAUUAGACCAGUAACUUGUAGCAGGACAGAAGAUCAACUACGCGAUUGCUUGAGGGACCAGUAUAAUAUCACCAUUAACACAGAUUCAGCAAUAGUUGCUGGAUUGAGUUGCACUGGAGAUGUAGGCAAAAACGGCAGCACUGGUGUUUUGGACGCCAUUACUGGGAUCCUGAUGGUGGUUGCUUUGAUAGCUCUGGUAGCCGUGGUUACAGCAUGGAUAAUUAGUUGUGUAUACGCAAAAAAGUUUGUUUGAAUUUCACUAAUAAGCACUGUAAUAUCAUAUUAUGACACGCAGCCACGCCCCUAAACCAUCGACUAACUUGGCUGCCCCAAUAUUAACCAACCCAGUAUAUGGUAUGGGCCCAGGGACUCAAGAGGACAGCUCUGUUGGUCCCACAUAUGAGCAAAUUGAUGACGCUGGGAAUAGAUAUGAUGUCAUCAGAAACAGAGCUGAUCCUGUAACAAAUGGAGAACAUACGUACAAUGUACUACACCAAAUUGGGAGGUCAGGUGAUAGUCACAUGACUGAGGCAAACACCACCCCCCAGGAUUAUGAGGUUCCAACAUAACAAGUGAAGAAAGCAGUUAAACAAACGUCACAGUUUAUAUUACCACUUGCAAGUCAGACAAACGACUUCAAAACUUUACGUUACAUAAUUAUCAUUACUCUUUAAAUGUACUGUCUCUGCUUUACUGACAAUUUAUCACUCAGUUCAUUAAUUAAUGAUUGUGCCACUGACAGGAUAGGCAGUGGUGGCAAUGGCAGAGGUGGAGGAGAUCUCAAAGUACAUUUGAGUGUGGGAGGGAACACAAACAUACUUAAAGAUUUCAGUCAUUACUUGCUGUGUACUAUUUGCAUGAUUGAUAUGAAGUGACUGUAUACCUUAUUUAGAAAGUUUAAUGAAGUGUUUGGGCAAUUAGUAGACAUACAGUGUUUACUAUUCACUACCAACUAUGAGAUCUCUACUGCUGCUACUGAUCACGAUAUAACCUUGUUUCAAGGAUAUAGCUAUGGAUACCGCUAUACAUACCACGCCAUGGUGGACAAUACAUUAUCCGCUAUAGAUGAUUGCAAUGAACCGGGUGAGCUUCGCUGGACAACCAGGGAACUGUGAAUACAAGUCUGUACAGCAUUGUCUACAACAAUGGACAUAUUGGACAAGCACGAUUAGGGAGUUGAUCCUGUAACAAGUGGAGAACACCACACUAGGAGGUCAGGUGAUAUAGUCACAUGACUAUGACCCCUCAAGAUUACGAGGUUCCUACGUCAGACAAUUGAACCCUGUUUAUGCUAAACACAAAUAAAAUGACAACAAAAUUUAUACAGAUAGUGAAAACAAUCUUGUCAUACAUAAUUACGCUAACUGUUAUUUUAACAUAAUUAUAUAAACACACCAUUCUCUACUGGGAAGGAUAGUAGCUAUAAGAUGAAUCUGCCACUGGUACUUUGUGUUCUACUCCUGAGUAUAGACAAGGGACAGUGCAACCACUUAAACAAUAGUUGCUAUAGAAAUGAAGAUAUUGGUAACAUUAGAGUGAUGGAACCAAGGCACACCAUAAAUGAUGGUGCAGUACAAAUCUGUAACCGGUUCAUGUAUAUACAACAUAACUUGGCACAACUUACUUGGAGUUACUUGAACAGUACAGAGAGUUGGAACACGACUGCUGCUAGAGUAGCAUGCAGGCAACUGGGACUACCACACUCAGUUCCCACAGUAACCACGAUUACACUAGAGUCAUUUGGGAAUGUAGUUACUAGACCAGUGACUUGUAAUGGGACAGAAGAUCAACUACGCGAUUGCUUGAGAGGCCAGUAUAAUAUCAGUAUUACAGUUUCAGCAAUGGUUGCUGGAUUGAGUUGCAUCAACGAAGUAACUGCUACUAAUGAGACAUUGCCAGUCAUGAGUACUAGUGGGACAUUAGGAGCACUCAUUGGUCUAUUGGCAGCUGCUCUAGUGGUGGUUGUCACUGAAUGGAUUGUGUCGUGUGUUUACUUACAGAGGAAAAUAAACAAGCAAGGCAGUGACCACACCCACAGUACACCACCCUGUAUCAACAAUCCCGACCUUCAACACAAUCCAGCAUACACCCACACAACAGCUGCCUCUACAAGUGACCCCACCCUCCAACGUAAUCCAGUAUAUGAUUGGUCGACCACUGUCUCACACACUACGCACAACUCUCUGGAAUCAUCCUACGAGAUGGUCAGUGGUAGUGAUGGGGUGGGGCAUAGCUAUGAUGUCAUCAGUCCAAGAGGUGCUCGUAAUACAAGCAAUGAAAGAGGAUCACAUGAUUAAGCUUCAGAAGAGGAUGUAUUGAACCAAGAGCUAGGGGUGAUACAUUAUCAGUGAUUAAUUAUGACAACUAUAAUAAUAAGUUUGCACUAGACUAGACCUGAAUUUUAUUCAAUGAAACAUUUUUUCUGGAAUGUAACUGACAACGAUUGGGAUGGCUAGAACAAGUAGGUCAUCAUAAUUAUGAUAGAUAAACGUAGCACUAAUUGACACCUUUUGGUUUCAUUGUGACUAUAAGUGAGUUCUAUCUACAAAGAGAUAGCACUAGGUGAUCAGACAUGAGGACACUGUUUCAAAUCAGUGUGCUACUAUUGACACUACAGAGAGGGACAUCAACAGGUAGGUACUACAAGAACAAGUGACUGUAACAGUUUUAUUGCUUUGUAGAUAGUUGUCUUCCUCAAGAUCACUGAUUUACUGGUCCAAGAAGCAUAAAAAAUGAGGGAGCUGUUCAACUGUGUGUCCAAACUAGUGAGACCAAAUCUCUGGUUCUAUACAUAUACAGACUCAGCAUGGUUAGACAAAUAAUCGCAAAGCCGCAAAAAUAGCAUGUAAAGAACUGGGCCUGAGUUACACAGGUAAGCUACAGAAUACACUGCAAAGAAUUAAUGCAUGGCUUUAUAGUUCACCUAGAGUAUCCAACAACAUGCAUAUAAAUAGGAGUAAGUCAUACUUUUUGUUUAAACAGGUAUCAGAGCAAGCACAGUCUGGCUAACGAAAUAUGCUGAGACAGUAACAACACAAAUUAAUUGUAACAAUGAGGCUGAGAAGUUUACAGAAUGUUUCCCUCGUCCGUUAGUAAUAGAAUACAGGAGUCAAGUUGCUGGACUGACUUGUAACUGCAUAGAAGGAGCCCUACGACUAGUGGAUGGCUCCAGCUACAAUGAGGGACGAGUGGAGGUGUGCUCCAAUGGUACCUAGGGUACUGUGUGUGGUGAUGGAUGGACAGAGAGAGAAGCUGCUCUAGUGUGUAGUAGACUGGGGUAUCCUGCAACAAGUAGGUCAACGUACUAACUACAAUCUAUGGAAAUUGUAUACUUUUAUCAGUCCAAGAGGUGCUCGUAAUACAAGCAAUGAAAGAGGAUCACAGGAUUAAGCUUCGGAGGAGGCAUACGAUGUACUGGACCACUCUGCUAAGGGGUGAUACAUUAUUAU